GAAGGAAAAAAGAAAAAACCUUUGCAAUUUGACACCCCAGAAAAUGGGUGAGGCCGAGAAGAAAGUGAGGUCGUGAAUCUCUUUUUCUGGGUCUGAUCUCGAAAAGGGAGAGGCAGAGAAAGAGAUGAGUUUCAUCAUUAGAGGAAGAAGAAGAGCUUUUGAAUUAUUGAAAUCAAAUUCUUGGUCCGGUUUUGGAAGAGGAGGAGGAGAAACAUUCAUUUCUAGAUCUUCUAUCACCACCGCAACCACCACCACCUGUUCACCUACUCAUGGGAUUCACGUAUUUCACUGCCCCGAUGAUGUUGGGAUAGUUGCAAAGCUAUCUGAAUGUAUUGCUUCUAGAGGUGGUAACAUACAGAGUGUUGAUGUUUAUGUUCCUCAGAAGAAACACGUAUUCUACGCCCGUAGUGAGUUUGUCUUUGACCCUUUAAGAUGGCCACGAGCGGAGAUGGAUGAGGACUUUCGGAAACUCUCAAAGUUGUUUCGUGCAGUGAAAUCUGUUUUACGGGUGCCUGAUCUUGAUCCCAAGUAUAAGAUUGCAGUGUUUGCUUCAAAGCAGGAUCACUGUUUGGUUGACUUGUUACAUGCAUGGCAGGAUGGUAGACUUCCUGUGGAAAUAACCUGUGUGAUAAGCAAUCACGAGAGAGGUCCCAAUACCCAUGUAAGUCGUUUUCUCCAGAGGCAUGGCAUCCCAUACCAUGUCUUGCACACGACUAAAGGGAAUAAAAGAGAAGGAGAAAUAUUGAAGUUGGUUGAAAAUACGGAUUUCCUUGUCCUUGCUAGAUAUAUGCAGAUAUUAUCUGGGAAAUUCUUGGAGAGCUACGGAAAGGAUAUUAUCAACAUUCACCAUGGCCUUUUGCCAUCGUUUAAAGGUGGGAAUCCUUCUAAGCAGGCAUUUGAUGCUGGUGUGAAGCUGAUUGGGGCUACUAGUCAUUUUGUAACCGAAGAACUUGAUUCUGGAGCAAUUAUUGAGCAGAUGGUUGAGAGAGUGUCGCAUCGAGAUAACCUACUCAGUUUUGUGCAAAAGUCAGAAAACCUUGAAAAACAAUGUUUGUCAAAGGCAAUAAAGUCAUAUUGUGAACUGCGCGUGCUACCUUAUGAAGGAACCAAGACUGUUGUAUUUUGAUUGGUAUGAAGGCACAUUGAGUAGGCUUUUGCAUUUUAUUCUUCAUGUGCUGUAACUUGUUUAUCUAUUUUUUAAUCAGUAAUAAUUAUCAGUUCUGAAACAUUCA